CACUCCCGUGCUAAAUUGCAAAAAGAGGCUGCAGCAAACACCCAACACCACCAUUAUUACCACCGUCGUCGCCACCUCCUCCUCCUCCCUUUCUCCUUUUGGCAGCACCAGGACGUCCGGUGUGGUGCUGCUGCUGCUGCUGCUGGGGGCAGCGCGCACGCGAGCUCGCCUUCGGCGCCUGCCGCUUUCUUCCGAGGUGCCUGGCCGGGCGGGCGAGCGAGCGCGGAGGCGACGAGAGCGCGGCUGCAGCCCAAGCGAGGAGCCACGAUGAGCGCGCGAGGCGAAGGAGCCGGCCAGCCCUCGUCUUCGGGAAGCGCCGCCGCCGCCGCUUCCCAGGAGCAACCUGCCACCUCGGAGCCCCCGAAGAGGGGUCGCGGCAGACCCAGGAAGCAACCCCAAGAACCAAUAGGAGAGCCAUCUCCUAAAAGACCAAGAGGAAGACCUAAAGGAAGCAAAAACAAGAGUCCCUCUAAAGCAGCGCAAAAGAAAGCAGAAGCUACUGGAGAAAAACGACCAAGAGGCCGACCCAGGAAAUGGCCACAACAGGUGACCCAGAAGAAGCCAGCUCGGGAACAGACUGAAGAGACAUCCUCACAAGAAUCUGCAGAAGAUGAUUAGAAGACCACACAUUGCAAUUUCUACCUCAUCAGCAGUUGGGUCUUUUGAAGGGAGAAGACACUGCCUUGACCACUUGCUUCUGUUGCCACAAUCUUUCCACUUUGGCCUGAGGGGGGACGGGGAGGGGGGGAAAUCACAUAACCUUAAAAAGGACUUAUUAAUCACCUUUGUUGUAAUCCCUUCACUGCCCCGGUUUUAGUGAAACUGCUGUAACACAGGGGGACACAGAUUAAUGAUGCAACAUUUAAUUACUGUUUUCUCUUUUAUUUUGCUUUAACCUACUAAUAGUUUGUUUGAGCUGCUAAGUAAGGGUGAAUGGGUCAGUAAAUCUCUGAACCGGGUUUUAAGUCAUUCACUGCACUGCAUAUAAAUAAGACUUUUGUAAAAUAUUAAUUAUAAUGGGCAUUCAAAUAAGGCGGCCUUGGUGUUUGACACCAGUCCUUUACAACACCUCUGACAACCCACUCCCCUAGCUUAGUAAUUUCCCUGUUUAGUACACCAAAGAUAAGGAUUAGAUACUACUCUUUUUAUAGCCUUGUUCUAGAUUUGUGCUUGAUUGAUUUUUUUUUUAACAUUACUGGUAUUUCAAGAUACAUUGAUGGCUGAUAAUUUUUCACUUAAUUCAGCUGAUAUUCAGGAAAGAAAGCCACAAGAAAAAAGGUACUUUUACUUUGCGAAAGGGAAAAAAAACGACAAAGAUACAUUGUAUAUUCACUAAUACACAUAUAUCUGCAGAAGUAGUACUAAACAGAACUCAACAGCACACCUCUGUGGGAACACAUUUGACGUCUCUUCAGGUAGACUAUGCUUUCUGGGAAGCCUCUGUUGCUUACAAACGGUUGACAGCAGACCCUCUCUCAUAGCAGACAUUUAACAGCUAAAAUUUGAAUUUAAAACAAUUACCUCAGAAUUGUUCUGAAUCACGGUCAUAAACUGGAACUGAGGGCAAAGAGUCAAAUUCUUCAUUUGACUCAACUCACUACUGUCGGUCCCGUUCUAUUGUUUCUUAACAAAUGGAUCUCUGUUCUUAAAUCACACAUCUCAAUGCAAGAGCCAACACCGUGUACCUCAAGUGAGCUUGUUAUUACUUUUCAGCAAUAUACCUUGACAUAGGAUGGUUUGCUGGGCAAAUGUCUCCACCUUUUUCACUCAAAGCAGCACUUUUUAGCCACAAAUGCAAUAUUACCCCACUUUUCAAUACUACCUCUGGUAUUUACCAUUAACUCAACAGUCAUAUAAACAUUUGCUGCUAUAAUCAUACAAUGCAGACUUUUUAUUAUUGGGUAGGUAAACAUUAAUUUCUGCAUUUCCCCCUUAUUUCUACUUUUGUCACCUAAUUGCAGCCAAGGAGACAAUACUUUUAGUGUUUUUCAGCAUAACCAUGUAAUUUCCCCCCUUUUUAUGCCUUUACUCUGCUAAAUUUCUGUGUAAUGUACCAUUAACUUGAAUAUAUUUUUGUACCGAAUUGCUCAUAAGGUUUGUAAGGAUAAUUUUCUUUGAUAACACUACAUGACAGAAAAAAUAAUAAUUAACCACAAUGUUUAAAUAUUACUGUCCAAGUUUGUACCUCAAAUAAUUUUUUUAAGGAAAUGGACUAGUUGAUUGACAAAGACCUACCUCCAGACUAUAAAUGGAAUGAACUUGUUGUUUCUUUCAGCAUUAGUUUUUGAGAAGAUUGAAACAUUUAGGACUGCAACAAAUCCCUGAUCAAAACUAUUUUUUUGUAAAUGAACUUUGUGGGAAAUGAAUGCAUUAAUUACUUUCCUAUUAAAAACAACCCUUCAAAGAAACUUGAAUCUUUGUGGGUGGGAGGCAACAAGCUCAGCUUUUUGCAUAAUGCAAUCACAAAUAUGUGCGCGUGUUUUAAAAAACUAGUAGAUUGUAUGCAAAUACUUUUCAAGUAUUUUCCAUGUAUUUUUCACAAAUGUGAUUUUUUUUAAAAAAAAAUGUGUCAACCA